AGUGAGUCGGAACUUAAGUCAUAAGAUAAAACAAGCUCAAUGUUAAAAAAUUGCAGCACUGUCAAUUCUAUAUGGAUUGCACCAUGUUUUGAAACUGGAACAGAAAAAAUGCCCUUGUUUACUUAGUCAUUAUUAAGGGUUGACACAGUGCAGACAGACAGGAAAUAAAUCAUUUAACUGUUUCAUGCGUGGAAAGAGGUUCCACUGUAUUAAUACCUGAGGUUAAGAUGGGACAUGAUAUCCAAGAUAUAAAGAAAUACUUGGAAAGAAUAAAUUAUACAAGUAGGAUAAGUAAUGAUAGCUCUACACUUAGUGAGUUAUGCCAACACCACACAGAAUAUAAUCCAUUUGAAAACCUUGACAUGUUUGGUGGGGAGAGAAAGAGACUUGAUUUUGAUAAAGUUUAUAAUGAUAUAAUUGUAAAGAAAAGAGGUGGCUGUUGUUAUGAACAAAACGGUUUGUUUUACUGGGCACUGAGAAAAUGUGGAUAUGAAGUAACAAUUGUUCAGUGUGAAGCAUUUAUCAGCGAAGAGAAAGGAUAUGGACCUAGCUUUGAUCAUAUGGCUUUGUUGGUAACAUGUGAUGAUGGUUCAGUGUGGCUAACUGAUGUUGGUUGGGGUGGCACCGGGUUUAUUACACUAUUGAAAUUUGAAAGUGAUAAGGAACAGAUACAAAACAAUGGGGUCUACAGGUUAUUAGGAUCAACCCAACAAAGGUUUUUGUUGCAAAAACUUCAAAAGACCAUUAUACAAGUAAAUGGUUCAACGAAGAUAAAAGUAAAGGGAAAACAAUGGAAUUCGAUUUACAGGUUUGACAUUAUUCCAAGAAAAUGGGAAGAUUUUAAAGAAAUGUGCGAAUAUCAGCAAGAUGAUGAAGACAGUUACUUGAUCCAUAAUACAAUUUGUGCGAAACAAAGUAAAUAUGGUAGUGUUGCCGUGAGGGGUUGGAUGACGUUUGAGAAAAUGUUUGUGGAUCCAAUGACUGAGAAAUACAAAUGGAGAAAAGAAACAAAAAGUCAAGAAGAGUUAAAAGAAGUUCUUAAAAAAUAUUUUCAGGUGGAAAUCAACUUUGACUUAAAGCCAGAAGCAAAAUUUGAAGCUGAUUAAUAAAAUGUAUAUAAAGUAGUGAAGUCAGUAUCAUUAUAUAACAGUGACUCUUAUUCUGUGGGCAGCUAACUAGGUUGACAAAGACUAAAAUGUUACAAGAACUAUUUGUAAUCUCUUACCUUGGUGAACCACUUUUAUUUGCAUUUUUUUUUGUUCAAAUAUUGGAAUUUUUGUUAUUAUUGUUUUGCUUAAAUAUUUUAAAAAUUUUGCAAUAAGAUAAUUCACAGUUUCUUAGUAUCCUCUGUUAUAGAGCACUCUUAAAAAUAUAUAUAACUUCAGCUCGCUAACUUUGCAGACAAAUAAUUAUUCUUCUGCUUUUGCCAUCAAGUAUGCAAGUGUUGCUGCUACAUUAAUAAAGUCUUAUGGUACGGUAAAAAAUGCUGAUAUUUUAGAGUUGACUCUAUACUGAAGAUGAAUGACUCAAUUUAUAUAAACAAUAGGUAACUUUCACUGUUAAUUUGCACAAGAGUCAAUAUUGUCUAAGAUACAUAUACAUUUCCAAUCAUGAUAUGUAAGAUAACUGUGUUAAUGUUGAGAGCCUCAUAUAUAACUUAUAUCUAUUAAAAUAAAUAAAGGAAAACAUUUUAGUUUUUGUGUAAAGUUUUAACACCCCUGUCAAUAAGAGAUGGAGAUUUGUCUUAAACAAUAUAAUUUUUUAAAAAGAACAACGUCAUCCAAAAAGAACAAAGAAUAAGAAAAUACUGUUGAAUAGUACUUUUUAAAAAAAAAAUGGAAACCCAUAAAAAAAAACAUUUAAAGAUGUCCCACCUUGCCCUGCAUUUCAUCUUGCCCCACUUUACCAUUUGUUGACAUGACUUAACAGACAAAUACUAAUGAA